AUGUAUGGCAUGUUAUAUGAGAGCGUGGCCUUCUAUGUACAGAAGGAAUAUGGCCAGGAUGUGUGGAAGCAAGUUUGCCAAAUUGUCGAUUGUAAGCAUAACUCAUUUAAGACCCAUCAAAUUUAUCCGGAUAAAUUGAUGCCAGACUUCGCCGCCGCCCUGGCUGCUUGCACCGGCCAGACAUUUGAUUUUUUUAUGAAUUUUUUUGGUAAAUGUUUUGUGCGCUUCUUCAGUAACUUCGGUUACGAUAAGAUGAUACGUUCGACGGGACGGUAUUAUUGUGAUUUCCUGCAAUCCAUUGAUAAUAUCCAUUUGCAAAUGCGUUUUACAUAUCCGAAAAUGAAGUCGCCCUCGAUGCAGCUGACCCACAUGGAUAAUGACGGGGCAGUGAUUGUAUAUCGCAGUGGACGUACCGGUAUGUCGAAAUAUUUAAUGGGUCAAAUGGCAGAGGUGGCCAAGGAAUUUUAUGGCCUCGAUAUAAAGGCCUAUGUUUUGGAAUCACAAAAUGAUAUUGCGGGAGGUACAGCGGGGCCCAUUAAAUUAUCCGACACACCAUUGACAGUUAUUGUUAAAUAUCGUUUGGAUUUUGAUAAUCGGGAUUAUAUGGCCAAGCGUAUCAAUGUCACGGCGCAUCCGUCACAUUUAAGUUUACCGCCUAUAAAUAUGAGUGUAUUUUUGGAUUUGUUCCCCUUUACCAUUGUGCUGGACCACGAUAUGUGCAUCACCCAUGCUGGAGAGAAAAUUGUUGAAACCUGGAUUCUACACAACCCGGGAAAGAAUCCCAAGAGUUUCAUUGGUUCGCAUGUUAUGGAUUUAUUUGAAUGUCGCCGUCCCAAGGGCACAAAAAUCGAAUGGGAUACCUUGGUGAAUAUGCGUACAGUCCUGUUUGAAUUUGAGCUGCUGCGCACGGGACGGAACAAGGCGGCCUAUGAUGCUGCUAUGAAUAUGGAUUUUGAAAAUUUCGAUGAAAUGGAAUUUUCCGAGGCCAGUGCCACACUGCGUAAAUCGGAGCAGGAAAAUGAAGAUAGUGAUGAUGAGGUGGAUUUGGCCACGGGGGAACGGAAGUCAUCGCAUUUCUUUAAAUCGAUUUUGAUUAAGGGGCAAAUGUUCUAUAUGAAAGAUUUGGAUUCAUUGAUAUUUCUGUGCAGUCCACUCAUAGAGAAUUUGGAUGAGUUACAUGGCAUUGGUUUGUUUAUAAAUGAUCUGAAUCCCCAUGGCCUGAGUCGUGAAUUGGUAAUGGCCGGUUGGCAACACUGUUCCAAAUUGGAAAUGAUGUUUGAAAAGGAGGAAAUGCGUUCGGAUGAAUUGGAAAAGUCAUUGGAUUUGGCAGAUUCAUGGAAGAAACAAGGAGAUGAGUUACUCUACUCCAUGAUACCUCGGCCAAUUGCAGAACGUAUGCGUAAUGGUGAGGAGGCCACGUGUCAAUCAUUUGAUGAAGUAUCCGUAAUUUUUAUUGAGGUUAUGAAUGUCUAUAAUGGCGAUUCGAAUAAGAUACAGGAUGCCAUGUUGGCGGUGACUACCCUAAAUACCGUUUUCACCGCCAUCGAUGAAGAAAUCAUAUCUCCGUUUGUUUACAAAGUUGAAACGGUGGGCAUGGUUUAUAUGGCUGUCUCGGGGGCGCCCGAUGUUAAUCCUCUACAUGCCGAACAUGCUUGCGAUUUGGCUCUGCGGCUUAUUAAAAAAGUGAAGUCGCUACAAAUCCCCGAUCUCUCAAUACGUAUUGGUAUCAACUCGGGUCCUGUGGUUGCUGGUGUGGUGGGUUUGAAGGUACCCAGGUAUUGCCUGUUCGGCGACACUGUCAAUACCGCUUCACGCAUGGAAAGCACCAGUGAACCAUUUAAAAUCCAUCUGUCAUUUAAUACGGCGAAAAAAGUCGAAGAAGUUGGCUAUAAAGUUGUUUCACGAGGUCAUGUCAAGGUUAAGGGUAAAGGUGAAAUGGAAACUUUUUGGUUAGUGGACACACCAAAAGAGUAAA